GUCACUCGUGGAAUCCCCAGGUCACAAGUAGGUCGUCAUUUUUUUCAGUCUACAUCCAACGUUCGUGUCAUUCGUGUCGAUUGUCACGCGUUAGCACAAGAUUUUCUACCUGUGAAUUUAGUUGUUACACAAUGCCGAUCCAAAGUAUUAAAGCACGUCAAAUCUACGACUCUCGUGGUAACCCAACUGUCGAGGUUGACUUGGUGACUGAAAACGGAUUAUUCAGAGCAGCUGUUCCAUCUGGUGCUUCCACUGGAGUCCACGAAGCUCUUGAACUCCGUGACAAUGACAAAUCCAAGUACCAUGGAAAAUCAGUCUUCAAGGCUGUCGAAAACAUCAACUCAAUUAUUGCUCCUGAAUUAUUAAAAGCUGGACUAGAAGUAACUCAACAAACAGACAUCGAUAACUUCCUGUUGAAACUCGAUGGAACCCCAAACAAGGCUAAGCUAGGCGCAAACGCUAUUUUGGGUGUUUCCUUGGCUGUCUGCAAAGCUGGAGCUGCCAAGAAAGGCAUUCCUCUUUACAAAUACAUCGCUGAGUUGGCUGGAAACAAGGACAUCAUUCUCCCAGUGCCAGCUUUCAAUGUAAUCAACGGAGGCUCUCACGCUGGUAACAAACUUGCCAUGCAAGAGUUCAUGAUUUUGCCCGUUGGCGCUGCUAACUUCACUGAAGCCAUGAAAAUGGGCAGUGAAGUCUACCAUCACUUGAAAAAUGGAAUCAAGAAGAAGUUCGGGCUUGAUGCUACUGCUGUUGGUGAUGAGGGUGGCUUUGCACCAAACAUUCUUGAGAACAAGGAAGCUCUUAAUUUAAUCAUUGAUGCUAUUAAGACUGCUGGAUACGAAGGAAAGAUCAAGAUCGGUAUGGAUGUCGCAGCCUCUGAGUUCCACAAGAACGGAAAGUACGACUUGGACUUCAAGAACGAAAAAUCAGACCCCGCUACUUACUUGGAGCCAGAUGCGUUGAAAAAUCUAUACUUGGAUUGGGUCAAAGAUUUCCCAAUUGUGUCUAUUGAAGAUCCCUUUGACCAAGAUGGUUGGGACUCCUGGACUUCAAUCACUGCUUCCACUCCUAUUCAAAUUGUUGGUGACGAUCUGACAGUAACCAACCCAGAAAGAAUCAAGACAGCAAUUGAGAAGAAAGCUUGCAACUGUCUUCUCUUGAAGGUCAACCAAAUUGGCAGCGUUACUGAGUCAAUAAACGCUCACAAUUUGGCCAAGAGCGCCGGAUGGGGUACAAUGGUGUCUCACCGUUCCGGUGAGACUGAAGAUACAUUUAUCGCUGACUUGGUCGUUGGUUUGUCGACUGGACAAAUCAAAACUGGAGCACCUUGCCGUUCUGAGCGAUUGGCCAAGUACAACCAAAUCUUGCGUAUCGAGGAAGAACUUGGAGCCAAUGCCAAGUUUGCUGGGGAGAAAUUCCGUCACCCAACUGCCUAGAUACACUGUCCAACUUACACGACGAUUAUCAACAGUUAUAUCGUUCAAUGACUACUUUAUCUUGAGUUACAAUUAACAUUAGUGUUUAAAAUUGAGACAAAAAAAACAUUACCGCAGAUUAUAUUCCUUUCUGAGUACUGUGGAAGUUCAAGUCCGUUGACUAGAGUUUCAUUAUAUAAUAGAUGAUAAAUAUUUAUAACACACGUUGCUAGUAAUAUUUAUUCAAUUAUUAGUCAUUGUUUUUUUUUAUUGUCUGAUUUUUUUUAAUGUUUAAAAAAAAUCUGUACCCAACGCGUAAUAUUUCUUGCUGCCUUCAAUUUGUUAAUUGAAAUACUAAAGAAUAUAAUUAAAGGAUAUCAGUGUAAAAUUGCUGUUGAAAAAAAUAAUAGUUUAUAACAAUGUAUUGCUGUUGAUCUGUAAUCUUCCUCGGGAGUAUUGUCGAUGGAAUCAAUAAUUAAUAAAAUUUGAAUUUAAACACAA